AUGUCGUCUGCAGCCGGGUUCCAAUUCAGAGGAGCUUGCGAGCCAUGCCACAGCGGCAUCGCUUGCUUGUUCGCACCUCGGCGUAAGCCCGGACGACCGAAGAGACUGGGAUCGAGCAAUAGUGCAGCAGCAGCCGAAAAGCAACCUUCGCCCACAAGUCGACAAUGGUCUUCCUCGGAAAGUCCUCCACCCGUCGAGAUGAAGCACGAAGCGCCUCCGAUGCCAGAGAUGGACAACAACCCAAUGCCAGACAUGAACAACGCCGACUCGAUGAAUGUCUUCUGGAGCAGUCUCAGCAGCGGCGACGAGUCAUAUGUCAACACAGCCAGCUGGGGGGAUGCUGCAACACAGCUGUCGUAUGCCCACCAUGACCAUUCGGGCAUGAACUGCAUCCCCGAGUCGAUGCAAUAUUCGCUUUCCCAGCCAGUGCCCGGCAUGCAACGAUCGGAUUCGUACUCAACAUUCGGUAGCAUGCCCGACAUGUCGCACGGGAGCUUCCAGUCACGGUCCAUCCCAUCAUCAACUGCCGCGACGACCGACAAUGACGUGAGCUUCGACACGACGAUGCAGCUGUGCAAGGACCUCCACGAAUAUCGCUCGCACGUCAGCCGUCGACCUUCCUUCUCGCCGUCAGUACACCACAACCUGUUCCACGACAUGCUCCGGAUGUGCACCGCCGCUACGAACAUGCCUCCUCAAAACACAUCCGGUCCGGCAUGCCCGGCCACAGCGCUGGUCCUGGCGGCCAUGCUCCAGUUCUUGGACGUCUGUGGGCUGAUCAUCUCGCGGCUAUCGGACUCGUCGUCAAUGUCCACACCCGCGAGCACCCACCUGGAGAACAUGUUCCUACUCCGGAAAAUGGACCUUGUGCUACUACCCACCAAACUGUUCCUGUCGGACAAAGGACACCAUGCCGGCGUGGCGAGGGCGCAGGCGCUGCAUCACGAGAUCGAGGCCGUCAUCUCCAACGAAUACCCGCAGUUGGCAUGGGGAGACGGGCAGGGCAUGCUGACGGCGGGCCAGGGAGAGAUGUUCCAGCAGCAGAUGUGA